GCAAGCCCCAUGCACGAGACGCACGAAGCGACCCGUGCGCUCUUGUCGCCGGCUACGUACCGCCAGCACCCACUCUCGCGACCAGUCGUCCGCGGGACAAUCGCGAUAUGUGUGCUCGUGGCUGUGCUCGCUUUGGUCGCGUGGGCAACACUCCCGGAUUUACCACAAAGUGCCAUGUCGGUUCCGGUCCUUUCCCGCGCCGACUAUGACGACCUGAUUGACCCCGAGACGGCGCCCACGCUGCUGACGUUGCUGGCGAUCGGCGACUGGGGCGGCACGCUCGGGAAGGAGAUGGGCGACCCGGGCUCGUGCUGUGUCAUGUACAAUGGGUCGGUCGACACGCGGUCAAAUCGAUAUAAGGUCGACUUUUAUGCGCAGGCGUACGUCGCGGACCUCCUGGCGGCGUCCGCCGCGCAGCUCUCGCCCGCCCGCAUCGUCUCGCACGGCGACAACAUCUACUGGGUCGGCGUCGGCAUGGACAACGCAGCGUACCGUCUGGAGCAGACGUUCGAGGCCAUGUACGACCAGCCGUCGCUGCGCCACAUCCCGUGGCUCAACGUCGCAGGCAACCACGACAUUGGCGGGGCCAGUUUCAUCUGCGGCGACAAGGAGCCGUACUACGAGUGCAGCAGCGCAGACGAGCUCGUCGCGUACUUGGAUCGGCGCUUUGAAGCACAAGCCUCGUACAAGAGCCCGCACGGCGACCGCUGGGUGCUGCGCGAUCACUACUACCUGGAGCGCAUAGUGCGGGACAAGAUUGUCGUCGAAGUGUACAACAUCGACACCAACAACGCCGACAACCACGGUGGCGCGUCCGUCUGCUGCCAGUGCUAUGGGUACGCGGCGAAAUACGGCUUCAACGCGGGCGAGUGCGACGCCGCGACCCGGGGCGACCGCGGCUGUGUCCUCGGCAACACGGAAAUGUUUGACGCGUGCAUGGACCGCAUCGACAGCUGGGCCGACGACUCGUACACGCGCAUGGCGGCGGACCUCGCCGUCUCGGACGCGGACUUUACGCUCGUCAACACGCAUUUUUCACCGCAUUACCACAUGGCACCAGCCAAAAUGGCCCGCUGGAUCGAACUUUGCGAGCGCUUCAAGGUCACUGCGUGGCUCAACGGCCACACACACGGCUUCAACCACGACAUUGGCAUAUGGGGAAUUCACUUCUUCAUGAACGGCGGCGGUGGCGGGUACUUCACCGCCAACAACCCGAUCGUGACGACGCCGACGAUUCAAAAUCAAUGGCUCGUGGUCGGGGAGCCGUACGGCUUUCUCGAGCUCAGCUUUUCGCGCGACUGGCUCAAGGUGCAGUUUGCGACGUUUGAUUCGGACUGGCGCUUUGGCGGCUUCGACCUGUCUGAGACGACCGUCGGCGGCGUCGCGCGCGGCCACUGCUGGUUCCUCCCGCGUGCCAGCGCUGGCGUGUCACCCGUCGGACUCGAGUGCAAUGCGUCGUUCAAUGGACCAAUCGGUGCUCCCUUGCAGUGGCGUUAAAUUCCGAUUGGGUGGUCUUUUGGUCUAAACAUUCGAGAAAAAUGGAUAUACAAAACGUCUUUAUCCAGGUUUAACACUGUAAAUAUGCGAUACAAAGAUGCAUGUAACUAG